CCUUAAAAUGAAAAAAAAAAAAAAAGGAAAGGCGAAGGGGAUUGAAACGACGUCGAAGAGGGGAAUAGAGGAUAAAGAGGGACAGAUCCAACGGCCGGAAACUUCCUAAAUGAUGGGGCACUUUCUCCUGGCUUUCUUUCCCUCUUUCUCUUUCGCACGAACUCAACUCACUGAGUCGAGUAGAGUCGAGUCACCCCCUUUCUCUUCCUUUCCUCUCUCUUUCACCAAACCCUUAAGUUUCUUUCCACUCUCUUUCUUUCUCUCUUUCCUCAACCUCCGCGCCCCCUGUCCUUUUUCGUCUUUUCCCCUCCAAUCUCCAUCCGACGGCUACCAUUCUUCCACGUCACCACCGUCUUCUUCAACCCCCUUCCCUAUCUUCUUCCCAUUUUAUUUAAUUCCCCUUAGGGUUUCCCAGAUUUAACCAAAUUCUCAAUUUUUCCUCUUCUUAUUUUUCUUCAAUUGAAAAAAAAAAAAAACGAAGAAAUCUCCAAAUCUUUAAUUCCUCGAUUCUCUUGAGGGUUUUGAUGAAUUGGCUUUAUUUGGAAACGGUGAAAAUAAUAUUUUGAAAAAUUUAGAAUUUUUUUGGCGUUUUAUGUUAGUAUGGCGAUUGAGAAGAAUAACUUCAAAGUUUCGCGGUUUGAUUCGGAGUUUUCGCCUGGUAGUAGAGAUACCACUGUGUCAAGUGAUGAGGAUGAGCUUCAACGUCGAAGCUCAGCCGUUGAUUCUGAUGGUGAUGAUGAUGAUGAUGAAUUUGAUGAUGCUGAUUCAGGAGCAGGUUCGGAUGACUUUGAUUUAUUGGAAUUAGGUGAAACUGGGGCAGAAUUUUGCCAAGUUGGUAACUUGACUUGUUCUGUUUCUUUGGAGUUAUAUGAUCUUCCUGGAUUGGGAGAUAUUUUGUCUCUUGAUGUGUGGAAUGAGUGCUUAAGUGAUGAAGAGAGGUUUAGCCUGACUAAGCUUUUGCCUGAUAUGGAUCAGGACACAUUUAUGCGAACUUUGAAUGACCUUCUUAAGGGUAAUAAUUUUCAUUUUGGGAGUCCUAUUAAGAAGUUGUUUGAUAUGUUGAAAGGAGGGUUGUGUGAGCCGAGGGUUGCACUUUAUAGGGAGGGUUUGAAUUUCUUUCGGAAGCGGCAGCAUUACCAUAAUUUGAGGAAGCAUCAGAAUAAUAUGGUUGUUAAUCUUUGUCAAAUAAGGGAUACUUGGCUUAAUUGUAAGGGAUACAGUAUUGAGGAGCGGCUUCUUGUUUUGAAUAUUAUGAGAAGUCAAAAGAGUUUGAUGUAUGAAAAAUUGGAAGAUAAGGAUUCUGAAUCCUCCGAAAGAGAGGUUUUGGGUGAUGGGUUGUGGAGCAAAAGGGUUAAGGACCGGAAAGCUUUGCAGAAAAUGGGUCGCUACUCUGGCUAUGGGGUUGAUCCUAAUUUAGAAUUCAUUUCACAAGGACAGCUGAUGGGUUUGGAACCGGCAAAAUAUGGGAAGCAGAAUCCAAAAGGUAUACUGAAGACAGGUGGGUCAAAAUUUCCUUCUGCAAAAGAGUUUGGCAGCCGCUUUUACCCUGGUUUGGAUAUUAAUUCUGAGCUUUAUGGUUUGCCAGGAACUCUUCCUCGACAGAAAUCUGAGUCUGGGGCAGCACUCAGGUCAAGGGAUCGGAUGAGGUUAGGUGAUGAUGCUGAAGACCCAAUGUUUGGAAGGGGUAUUCAGCGAGACCAAAUUGCUGUGCAUGAUAGCAUCAUGGGCAAAUCUGGUUCAUUGAGAGCAGGGAAGAAAUAUGACCUUUUAAGAGGGGAAGAAUUUGCGGAUGACAGUUUCAUGGGUUUUUCUCUGUCUUCAAAGCAUGAUUUGCAUGCCUAUGGUAGGAACAGGGAUGUGAAUCAGUUCUCUGAGGCAAAAAUGUAUACUUCAAAGCCACCUAGCAUGAGAACAUCCUAUGAUUUUUCCAAAAGGUCCAAGUAUUCCGAAAACCAUCAGCAAUUUGCAGUUGGAGAUCAGAUAAAGCCUAUGAAAGGCCGAACUCCACCGUUGCCUUCAAAAGGGAGUCGAGUGGACUUAUCUGAGCGCCCUGAACUGUUUUGGCAAAAUAAGAACCAAGGAGAAGAUUUGUCUGUGGAUUCUUCAGUUAGAUCUGAUGAUUGGAAUAUUAGGAGCAAGAAAUGGAAAACAGGGGGAGAGUCUCCUGAUCUCAGUUUUAAAUCUUAUAAUAAAGCUUCCUCACCACAGAUGAAUGACCAAUUCUUGCUUUCUGACAGUAGAAUGAAAUCAUCACAAGAGAAGAACAGAGGGAACUAUGUGCAAAAUGGAGGACCAGUUAUGGCCGUUUCAAAAGGUAGUAGAGCAUUUAUUAAAAAUGAAGAAACAGAAUCUGACUCUUCUGAGCAAUUUGAUGAUGAUGAGGAUAGCAAUCCUCUAAUGAGAAGCAAGUUGGUGUACCCUGGUGGUGUCAUAGAAGGUUCUCGGCUGAGGUCUUCAUUGAAGUCUGGCGUAGGUUCUAAUAAGACCAAAUCUUUGAAGAAAGAUAGUAUGGAGGAUGGAUGGUCUCAUGACAGAAUCACACGCUUCUCCAAAAAGAGCUUUGGGGAAAAUGUGCAUGUGCCAGGAGUAGAAAGCUACUAUUUGAAAGGAAAGCAGAAGGGUAAGAUGCAUGGAAGAAGUCGCUUGCAUAGUUCUUCUUCUAGAGUUUUGGACGAGGUUGACAGGAAAAAAGUUUCCAAGUUGGGCAAGAAUGGCCAGUUACGAGGGGAACCUGGUGACAGGUUACACAUGUCCUCAACGAGGGCCUACCCUACUGAGAAAAGGCAGAAAGGUGAAGUUGCCUAUGAUCAUUGUAUGUCUCAGUCAAAUUAUCUGUCUAAUUAUCCUGUUGAUGAGGAGGAUGCUUCACCUGUGACACUAGCAUUGGCAAAGGAAAAUAACCUCGGUAGAACUAGGAGGAAAGGCCCUAGCAUUAAAGCAUAUGAUCGUGGUGAAAAAUCUGAAGCUUCAUUGCUAGGAUGCAACACAGUGACAAAGAAGAGGAAAGGAAAGGUGUAUGUGGCAGAUUUUGACAGAACAGGUGAAGAUAGUAACCUGCAGUCCAACCUUCAGCUGGAAACUGAUGAUUCCGUUUUCUUGAAGAAAAAGGGAAAACGGAAAGUGGAGGGUGAUGCCGGUACCCCUGAUAUGGAAGCUUCUGAACCACAUGGUGCAGAUGUGGGAGUCGCAGAUGUGGAGAUGGAAACCAAACCACAGAAAAAACCGUUUACUUUGAUUACCCCUACAGUUCAGACUGGUUUCUCGUUCUCAAUUAUACAUCUUCUUUCUGCAGUUCGCAUGGCAAUGAUUACUCCACUUCCAGAAGAUUCCUUAGAGGUUGGCAAACCUAGCAAGGAGCAGAAUGGAAAGCAGGAAGGUGGUGUGAAUGGGGUUCUUUCUCAGGACAAUACAGUUACCAAUAAUUUGGACCAUUCUGUGCAAAAAAGUGUGCCUUCUCUAACUGUUAAUGAGAUUGUUAAUUGUUUAACAGUGAAUCCUGGAGAUCCAUGUAUCCUUGAGACACAAGAGCCGCUUCAAGAUUUAGUUCGUGGAGUUCUGAAAAUUUUCUCAUCAAAAACAGCACCUUUGGGAGCCAAAGGUUGGAAGGCACUUGUUGCCUACGAAAAGUUCACUAAAAGUUGGUCUUGGGUUGGUCCAGUUGCUCAUAGUUUAAACGACCAUGAGACUAUUGAGGAGGUGACAUCACCUGAAGCCUGGGGUCUUCCUCACAAAAUGCUUGUCAAGUUGGUUGAUUCUUUUGCAAAUUGGCUAAAAAAUGGUCAAGAGACUCUCCAACAAAUAGGGAGUCUUCCUGCACCACCGCUUGAAUUGAUGCAAGUCAAUUUCGAUGAGAAAGAAAGGUUCAGAGACCUAAGAGCUCAGAAAAGCCUUAAUACCAUUAGUCCAAGUUCUGAAGAAGUGAGAGCUUAUUUUCGUAGAGAGGAGCUUCUUAGGUAUUCUAUUCCUGACAGGGCCUUCUCUUACACAGCUGCUGAUGGCAAAAAAUCAAUAGUUGCUCCCUUGAGAAGGUGUGGAGGUAAGCCAACUUCAAAGGCUCGAGAGCAUUUUAUGCUGAAAAGUGAUCGGCCACCACAUAUUACUGUUCUUUGUCUUGUGAGAGAUGCUGCUUCCAGAUUGCCUGGAAGUAUUGGCACCCGUGCAGAUGUUUGUACUUUGAUAAAAGACUCUCAAUACAUUGUUGAAGAUGUGUCUGAUGCACAAGUUAACCAGGUUGUUAGUGGGGCCUUAGACCGUUUGCAUUAUGAACGUGAUCCUUGUGUACAAUUUGAUGGAGAGAGGAAAUUGUGGGUUUAUUUACAUAGAGAAAGAGAAGAAGAAGAUUUUGAGGAUGAUGGUACUUCAUCUACUAAGAAAUGGAAGAGGCCGAGGAAAGAUACUGCUGAGCAAUCUGAUCAAGGAGCUGUAACUGUGGCUUUUCAUGGAACUGAGGAUCAGUCGGGAGUUGAUUUGGGAUCUGACCUUAAUGCUGAACCUUCGUGCAUUGAUGAUGAUAAAAAGAUGGUGAUGGAGUGUCAUGAUAGACAAAAUGCAGAGGACAAUGCUGACACCAGUCAUGGGUCCGAGCAAGGUAACACUCAGCGGGGUCAUCCAAUGACAUGGGAGCCUCUUGACCAAAAUCCUGUGCAAGGGAGCCAAUUGCGAUGUCAAGAAAAUUCCACCAAUGAAGAUUUUGAUGAUGAAACUUUUGGGAGAGAAAGCCAAGUUGGACUCCUGAGUGCAAGCUUAUUAUGAUCAAAUAUUUCAGGUCAACAUCCACCUAGGCUUGAAGUCGCGGUUGUCAUUCCUAUUCAAGGUGGGUGUUAUACGUUGGAAGGUUAAAUGUAUAGCGAUUCUAGCACAAAAUUUAGAUUAGAAAGUGAUCUUCCGAGGCGCAAGAAUGUGUUUUCUACAAGUGGAUACUUCAUGAUUCUGCAUUCCAUAAAUAUUUUUUGAUUUUAUAUUUUGAUAAUUUCAAAUAUAGUUCAUAUGUUGACUGAGCUGAUAAAACAUUCAAAUUUGGCAUCAUAAUGUGCCAUAUAAUGCCUUUGCCUAGUUCU